AUGCACCUUGAUCCAGAAAGGCCUAAACCUGAGCAUGAAGAUCUUGUUGAUGUACUAAUUCGAGUUCAGAAGGAUCUAAGACAGGUUGUAUCUCUCAGUAAUGAAAAAAUCAAAGGUGUUCUCACGCUUGGAUGCCAAGUAGACAAGAACUUCAUGGAACUGGACAAGAUCUAUGACAAAGGAAUAGAGGUGCACCUUGAUCCAAAAAGGCCUGAACCUGAGCAUGAAGAUCUUGUUGAUGUACUGAUUCGAGUUCAUAAGGAUCUAAAACAGGUUGUAUCUCUUAGUAAUGAAAAAAUCAAGGGUGUUCUCACAGGUAUGAAGUUCCCACAAAUACACGUGUUCGUGAAUGGAAAAUUGAUAGCAACUGACUCAAAUUAUUGGGAAAAUCCAAAUGAAUUCCAACUUGAAAGAUUCGUGGAUAGCUCCAUUGAUUUCAGAGGACAAAACUUCGAGUUUUUGCCAUGUGGGGCUAGCAUGAGGGGGUGUCCUGGCGCUAACUUUGCUGUGCUGUUGAUCGAAGUUGCGCUCGCAAACAUUCUACAUCGUUUUGACUGGGAACUUCCUAAUGGGAUGAGUAGAGAAGAUUUGGAUAUGAAGAAGCAUUUGGCCUGA